GGACUCCGGACAGUCCUCCUCAAUUAAACCUCACCAACCUGAUCAUCCAUCCACAUCCCCUGACAGCUUCUCCACUGCUCCAUACUCCAUACAUACUCUCUAAUCUUUAAUCAACUCCCCUCAACUUCCUCCCACAAAACAAUCAUCAUGCGCGCUGCUACCCUCCUCUUCCUCGUCUCCGCAACCGUCGGAUUCGCCGCCGCCAACCCGGUGGCCGACGAGUACUACGACAAGAAGCACGUCUCGUAUGUCGAGCCCAAGAAGAACACCUACUACGAGGCCCCCAAGAAGACCUACGUCGAUGACACCAAGAAGAACUACGUCGAUGACUCCAAGAAGAACUACGUCGAGCCCAAGAAGAACACCUACUACGAGGCCCCGAAGAAGCACUACGUCGAGCCCAAGAAGAACACCUACUACGAGGCCCCGAAGAAGCACUACGUCGAGCCCAAGAAGAACACCUACUACGAGGCCCCGAAGAAGCACUACGUCGAGCCUAAGAAGAACACCUACUACGAGGCACCCAAGAAGCACUACGUAGCUCCCUCCAAGAACUCGUACUACGAGGCCCCCAGGAAGCACUACGUCGCCCCCAAGAAGAACACCUACUACGAGGCACCCAAGAAGCACUACGUCGCUCCUAAGAAGCACACCUACUACGAGGCGCCCAAGAAGCACUACGUCGCUCCCAAGAAGCACUACGCUCCCUCGAAGUCGUACGCUCCCGCCAAGUACGAGGCCCCCAAGAAGUACACCCCCAAUAAGCAGGACGACCACAAGCACGACCACGACCACUCCGACGAUGAGUACGAUCACUCCGAUGACGAGCAUGAUCACUCCGACGACGAGUACGACUCCGACGAUGACUCCGACGACGAGUACGAGCACGACAACGACCACAAGAAGUCGACUUACACCAAGAAGGCUCCGGUCAAGAAGACCUACUACUAGAUUUUCUUUGUGUGCACGGGUGAGAGGGAUAGGAUUGGCUGGAUUGGGGGUUGUUUAUCUGGUGAAAGGGUCUGGCAUUGAUGGGUUGGGAUGGGGUAUGAUGACGGGUGGGGUCUAAUGUUUAGUUUGGCUUGGUGGAUAUUUAAUGAUAAUAUAUCUUUUCUGGUAUAUGUUUGCAUGGUUUGGGG